CGACAACUUUCCUAGCCCGUGUCUAUUCGAUUCGCAACGUGUGGACCGCCCUGGCCAGAAUACACCAGUCCUACUCACUCGCUACAUAAGUUGUUAUUAAUACCGUGAGACUUUCAUUAUGAUGCGAAGCGAUCUGGAAAUCGUGAAAGAGUGCGACAACUUCCCCUACUACGAAGUGGGCAGUGCCGAUGCUUUUGCCUCAGCUAUAGAGCCGCUGUGGCUGUUCUAUCUGCCAGAUGAUCCGGAGCCACAUGGUUUCCUGAUUGAUUCGGUCGUGAAGCGCAUGCCUUGGACAGCCAAAUUCCGCAUCGAUCUCUCCCCGCGCAAGGAGGUGCAUCUUCUAAAACCGGAAGGCAAUGAUGACUGGCAAGCUGCCUGCGCCGACGCCAUUGAUGAGCUGCUCGAUCUCGCGCGCGCAGAGAACGCCUUUCCCCACCUUGGCAAGAAGCGUGAUGAGCAGUUCCCCAUCAUUGGCGCAAAUUUUGACAUUGGCAUUGAGCGCUCGGCUAUGAGUCUUUUUGGCAUUGUCGGCCGCGGCGCGCACAUGACGGUGUUCACGCGUACGAAUGAGGGCAUUAAAUUUUGGGUCCCGCGCCGCAACGCAAACAAGUCGACAUGGCCCAACAUGCUAGACCAAGCCGUUGCAGGUGGCGUGGGGCGCGGCGAGACCCCGUUCGAGUGUAUUGUCCGCGAGGCGGACGAAGAGGCUGCCUUGCCCAAUGAGCUGGUGCGGCAAAACAUCGUGGCAGCUGGCACGGUGACCUGGUUCAACAUCUCUGACGAGAAGGCCGGGGGUGAACUAGGGCUGAUGAACCCCGGCGUGUUGUACGUCUAUGACCUCGAGGUUGGCGAGGACAUGGUCUUUAAACCGGUCGACAAUGACAUCCAAAGCUUCCACUUGAUGAGCGUGGACGAGGUCAGGCAUGCCAUGGGAAGCGGCGAAUUCAAGCCCAGUUGCGCAGCCGUCAUGAUAGAUUUCCUUAUAAGACACGGAUUCAUCACUGCUGACAAGGAAAAAGACUAUGUUGAGAUUAUUUCGAGGUUGCAUCGCAAGCUUCCCUUCAGGACAAGCCCCGGAUACUGAACGGGUAGCACUUGCAGACUAUCAGUGCUUAAUCAUUGAUACUCAUCUUAGUCUCAUUGUUCAAUCCGGCUACUGUAAGGUGGA